AGAUUCUUCGAGAUUUAAUACUUCCUAUCAAAACACAACAUGGCGCCGAAGUCUUGGCCUGACGAGGUGGACGUUUUCACUAUUCCUCAUUCUAGAAUGAAGGAAUUAGUGCAAAAAUAUUUAAACAUGGUGUCGGAUAUCAACUUUACUAAUGUUGGACACCUGACUUCGUUGUUGGAAAACCUUUGCAACACCUUUAAAGAGUUCCACAAUCAUGAGCAAGUGGAGAAUCAGUUCAUCAUGAAUAAACUCAAAGAGAAACUCAAGUGUCUGUCUAUAAAGAACCAUGCUGUCUGUAACUGUCAUUCAGACAACAGACUGACAGAGAUGCUGAACCUCUUCCAGGAUGGGUACAAGUGUACUGAGAAGACUGAUGCUGAUAGAAUCAAUUAUGGGAUCAAACUUAGGACUGCACUGGAAGAGUUUACAAACAGCUUCCUCCCUCACAUGGAGGAGGAGGAAGAGAUAUUUCAGCCAAUGUUGAUUGAGUACUUCAGCUAUGAUGAGCUGUGUGACAUCAAGAAUGAGGUUCUUAUGCAUCAUUCAAUUACCGGUAACACAGGACAUAAGGAAGGAAAACUAAAGGAAGAGGAAUUGAUGUGUUAUGAAUUCCAGGAAAAAGACGAGUGGGAAAAGUCUGAGAAAGAAGUGGAAUACAGAGGUAUAGACAAUCUACCAGAAGAACUGAUGCUGAAAAUCUUCUCCCACCUCAACCCUCGCCAGCUCUGUAGCUGUGCCCAAGUAUCCCAACGCUGGAAUGAAUUGGCUACUGAUGGCUCCCUGUGGAAAACCAUCUUGCCUGUACAGUGGUCUAUGGGCCAAUGGUCAUUUGUCCCAAAACUGGACAGUGAUGUAGAGGAGGACAAAGUAAAUAUCUCACAGGAGCUAAUGGUCGAUGUCUUGUCCGAAGAGAUGGUAGACGAGGAUGCAGACCAGGACGAGUCUGGAGGGGAUGAGAGCGAUAACAGUGUAGAUGAUGAGUGUAUAGAGGAUAAACAGAUCCGUAAGGAGGCAGCCAUGUUGACAUCCCUGGUGAAGUACCUGUUGCCCAGAGUUGGGUCUCAUGUCAAGUCUUGUUACCUUGGAUACAGCAAAGGCCUCAUCAAUGGCCUGCUCUACAAGAUUCUCUGCCAGUGUCCUAACCUGGAGAUCCUUGACUUAUCUCAGACAAGGAUAUCAGACAUAGCUUUUAAAGGGCUCGGCCGAAAAGGAUGUGGAGCAAAGCUAAGGCAUCUCAAUCUGGGAGGCUGUUUCAAUAUCACUGACAGAACACUACAGAGAUUGUCUUCAUCUUUUAAUGAUUUCUCCUACAUGGAACAGAGUGAACAGUUUGGAAACAAACUGGAGAAAAAUGAUACCGAAACUAAUGAAAAGGAUCAAAAGAAAAAAGGAAAGUGUGGAAACUGUGGUAAAUUUAAACAAGGGAAUGAAAAAAAUAUGGAAUAUAUUGAGAAAAAUGUAUUUGUGGGACAUAAAUGUGAAGAUAAUGUGGAACAAGAUAUCUCUUCUCAGACAGAGGCUGCUGUUAAUGAUAAGAUUCACGGAAAAAGUGAUGACUACACAAACUUCCCUCAUUUUACACCGAAUGUUGAAAUGGUGUCAGAUAAAUCCAUUCCUCCUGACUUAGAAGAAGAAUCUGUGUUACUGGGAAGCUUGACUGACGUAAAUGUGAAUGAGGCUCUUGAGCAUGCCUGUGAUUACAUGGAAAACCUGAUGAAGAUUGGUCCUGGCAAGACUGAUCAACAAAAGGCUUUUGAAGAAAGCAGCACAAAGCUUCAUGACAAUGAAAACCACAUCACAAAUGAUAUGAUAGAAGCACAAAGUUUGAGCUAUGAUGCCAUUGCAGGUCAUGACAUGGAUUUAGGGUGUGAAGUUUCACACAAAGAUUCCACAAAGUUUUCAGAGACAUGUGAAGAUGGUUCAGUCACCAAACAGACAAUGACAAUUAAUUCACAGAAAUCACAUUCAUCUUUGUGUUUGGGAAACUGCUCUAAUUGCACAAUGUCUGCUAAACAUUUACAUGAAGCAGAUGGAUCACAUUCACAUCAGACUACCAUUAAGUUUUAUGAAUCAAAGAAACCAAAACGGACUACAUGUGAUUCACUUGAUGAUUCAAACACUAACAAACUACAAUCUGGUUCAGUUGGUAACCAAGAAACUAAAACAUGGAUCACCAAGGAAAGUGGUGACAAUGUGAAUAUCUGUGAUAAUGACCUGAAUGGUGAAGUGCUGAACUCUGACCCCAACUCUCGUUGCCUGGAGUAUUUGAGUCUAUCUGGCUGUUACCAUAUCACUGACACAGGGUUAAGGUAUCUGGCAGAAGACGGGGGUCUGCCCUGUUUAAGGUACCUGGACCUGUCUGGGUGUCUCAAUAUCACAGCCGAUGGUCUGACAGAGUUGGUGUCUGUAUGUCCCGCCCUGGACCGAGAAGAGCUGUACUAUUGUGACAAUGUCAUUGAUGGCCCCUACGCAGCUGAAGCCAGUGGAUGUCAGAACCUGGAGUGUAACUCCCGGGUCUGCUGUCGGUCGGGAUACUGAAAUGUGCCUGUUGAAGUGAUCAGUGAUUAGCUGUGAGUCCGUAAAUGCUGUUCUGGAACUGGACCUACAUUGACUUUCAUCUAGAGCUCUUCACUGACUAUGAUCGAAGGACACCUGAUAUGGCAUGGAAAAAGAAUUUAACUGAAGAUUAGAUUAAAAAUAAGAACUACAUGAACAGCUGAAGCAAAUAUGUAUACACUAGACCUUUGUCAUUUUAUUGUCCUUGCUUAAAAAAUGAAAAAAAUGACAAUUUCGGAGUAAUUUAACUUCUUUAAUCAACUAACAACUAUUUCAUGUCUUUCAGAUGAUUGAUAAGGUAGAAAAACAUUGUUUUAUGUGCUUACAGUAUCUAUAUGUUUCAUCAAAAUACAUACAUAUUUUGUAAGCAUGUUUUUUUAAUGAAACUUUGAACAAUUAAUAAUUCAGAGAAAAUUUGUGAAUAUGUUGGACACAUCUGUAGAUUUUUUUUUUAAAUAUUUUCUUAGAAUGUUGUUUUAGGCUCACAAUGCAAUGAUAUGUUACAUCUAGCUAAUGAUGCACUAUCCAUCAGCAUCACUUCUGCUUCUUUAAAACAACUUUUGAUGAAUACCUAAAUAUCCAAUGGUUAUGUCAGUGAUUAUUCCUAGGGUUUUCUCAAUGAGAAUUUAAAUUUUACUGGCAUUAUUGCAAGGAGGAUUAUACAUUUUGUUCAAAUGAAUGACCUUGACCUUCAUUUCAGACCAUAGAAAUCAAAUGGUGAGAUGUAACCUACAAAGCCUGGUUAUAUAUAGCCUGUCGGGUCAUGCUUGUUAAAAUGUUGUAAGAAUCAAAUUGUUAAAAUCGUUAACCAACAUCUGAAUAUCAGUAAUAUUGAAAGCUAAGAUAAUUGGACUGCAGCAUGCUUAGGUGAAGCACUAUGAAAACUUAAUUAAAUGAAAUUCUACAUAAACCUGCACUUGAGAACCAUUAAGUGGAGAUAUUUAGCAUCUGAUGUUCAGAAUACUGUGGUUUGUUUCAAUAAAUUUGGUCUUGUCCCACUCGGUAAGUCACAAAUGUAUAUAUGGCAUUUGCAAAAUAGAAGAGCAGAAGGAGAAAAAUUCAUUUGAUUUCUGGGUUUGGAUUAUACAUGAACGGAAAAGACAGAAGAGUUCCACACAUUGUGCCUCCAGUAUGGUGAUUUUGGCUGAUAUAUUUAUUUGAUAUAUGCCGCUGUGGCUGAGCGGUUAAGUUGUCCCGACACUUUAUCACUAGCCCUCCACCUCUGGGUUGCGAGUUGAAACAUAGGUGGGGCAGUUGCCUGGUACUGACUGCAGGCCGGUGGUUUUUCUCCGGGUACUCUGGCUUUCCUCCACCUCCAAAACCUGGCACGUCCUUAAAUAACACUGGCUGUUAAUAGGACAUUAAACUAAAUAAACCAAAUAAACAUAACCAUGAUGUUUGCCUUUAGUCAUAACAGAAUGCACACUGUAUUGUGCAUAUAGUCUUCUUUGUCUCUCCAAACUUUGUUUUGUCAUUUAUUAUUUUAUUUGUUUUUUAUACCAUAUGUCACUUAUUUGUUAUCUGUUAUACAUUAUCAUAUAUAUAAUUAUAUAUAUGCCAGUAUUGUUUCAUUUAAAUAUCUGAGAUCAGUGCAAGUCCUAUUGACUUUGAUAGCUCUACAUGUUUUUAUCAUCUGGCAAUAUCAUAAUUCCUGUAAAAGUUGGGAGAUCAUGUUCUGUUUCCCUUCAGUUUGUCUGGCAUACAUAGUUGGUCUGGGAUCUAAUAGAAUAAAUGUGUCUGUCCAUUGUCAUUCAUAUUUUCUUGAAAUAAAUUGUUGCCAGGCACACUUGGUGUUUGGAGUAGUAUAUUUCAUGUUAAUUAAGAUAAUAGGUAGGUGGUUUUGAGACAUAGCUCAACAACAUUGUACAAAAAAGUGAUCUUCAGAUACAUUUUAGGUCACACAAAAAAUAAUUCAAGGCCACAUGUUAAUAAUUGUGAAAAUACAAUAACAAAUAACUGCUAAUAACAACUGAACAAUACGGGCCUAUGAUGCCUCUUGUAUUAUGGACAAUUAAGUUUUCAGAUACUUGUUAUUACCACAAAACUGUUAACAAUGGCUGGAGUAGUUCCAUGGACGGAAGUAUUCCUCUAUAUAUUGUCUACACACUGUAUACUAAAGUCUUUGAUUUGGUUAUAUUUGCAAGAAUUAAGACCCUUGUACAAGCCAAUAUUCUAUUUUUUUUGUAAAUUACAUAUGCAUAAUAUCCAUAACAGUGUUGCAUAACUAAUAGCAAUGGGGAUAGGGGAGCAAUAAAAACUGAAUCAUUAGAUCGUGAAUUAUCAGAUGAUCUUGUAACUGAAUGCAACUAGUGCAAGCCUGAUCUAUAUAAAGUGUGUAUCAGAUCAGAUUGUCUGGAGAUCAGAGUAUUGAAAAUUACAUGCUGCUGUAGAUUUUUUUUGAUGUAUCAGUGCCAAGAUAUAACAUAUUGUAACUUUGUCUCCUUUUUUACCGUGAUAGUCUAUUUUUGACAACAAGUGCAGUCUUUAAUGAAGUGCAGUCUUGUUAGUCCAGUCGUCUUUCCCACCUAGAAGGAUGAAGUGAACUAGUAGAAAUAACUAACAGUGGUGAAUGGAUGUGAUUGAGACAACACUGAUUGUGGCUAGAUAUGGUUGAGACAACACUGAUUGUGGCUGGAUAUGAUUGAGAUGAUCGCCAAUGGUGGCUGCAUAUGAUUGAGAUGGCCGCCAAUGGUGGCUGGAUAUGGUUGAGAGACAACCACUGAUGGUAACUGGAUGGUUGAGGGACAACCACUGAUGGUGACUGGAUAUGAUUGAGAGAUAACUGCUGAUGGUGACUGGAUAUGAUUUAUAGACAAUCACUGAUGGUGGCUGGAUAUGGUUGAGAGAUAACCACUGAUGGUGGCUGGAUAUGGUUGAGAGACAGCCACUGGUGGUGGCUGGAUAUGAUUGAGGGAGAACUGCUGAUGGUGACUGGAUAUGAUUUAUAGACAAUCACUGAUGGUAGCUGGAUAUGGUUGAGAGAUAACCACUGAUAGUGGCUGGAUAUGGUUGAGAGAUAACCACUGAUGGUGGCUGGAUAUGAUUGAGGGAGAACUGCUGAUGGUGACUGGAUAUGAUUUAUAGACAAUCACUGAUGGUGGCUGGAUAUGGUUGAGAGACAACCGCUAAUGGUGGCUGGAUAUGGUUGAGAGAUAACCACUGAUGGUGGCUGGAUAUGAUUGAGAGAUAACCACUGAUGGUGGCUGGAUAUGAUUGAGAGAUAACCACUGAUGGUGGCUGGAUAUGGUUGAGAGACAACCACUGAUGGUGGCUGGAUAUUAUUAAGAUGACCGCUAAUGGUGGCUGGAUAUGAUUGAGGCAACCCACUGAUGGAGGCUGGAUUAACAAGACUUUAUUGAUAAAGUUUUGGAAUGGUGGAUAUAUCCUGCUUUCUAGAAGCUAUUUGAAAGGUAAUUAAAAAAAUUGUCAGAGUGUAAGAGUGUAAGUUAACAUUCUUAAACAAAGGUUUUUUGCUUUGGUAGUUGAUCAUAAUAUACAGAUAGUUUGGAAACUACUGUAUUUUGAUAAUGCUGACUAGAUUGGGAUAAUAUUCAUUAAUAAAAGAUUACUUCAAUUU